UUAACUGAGUCAUAUUAUUCAUAAUAUAAGCACCUGAAAAUUAAUAGAUGUCUAAGAAUAUUGUUUUUGAGGGAUGGCUAACGAAAUCACCCCCAUCGAAACGAAUUUGGAGAACGAAAUGGCGCAGAAGGUGGUUUGCUUUGCGACAAUCGGGCGAGCUUCCAGGGCAAUAUUUCUUAGAUUACUAUGCCGAUCGCAAUUGCAGACGGCUGAAGGGUACGAUCAACUUAGAUUUCUGUGAACAGGUGGAUGCGGGAUUGCAUAUGGAACGGGGCACUCAUGGCUCAUUAGACCCAAAGUUAAGAGGUUCAGUGUUUACUAUCCAAACUCAGACUAGGACUUAUCAUCUUGAAGCCGAUUGUGAAGCAGACAUGGAGCGCUGGGUUGAUGCGAUAUGCCGCGUUUGUGGCUUGCGAGCAACUGAUGAUGCACAUAAUACUGCAGCUAUAUAUCAAAACCACUCCGUAACAAUUGAUAACCAAGAAAAUAUUGCACUGAGAGUAGUAAAUGAAAACAGGCGAAGGCAAGCAGGCAUAAGGUCUGCAAAUAAUACUGUCAACACAAUCUCAGGCAGGAGAGGUCUGCAGCAACCUCUAAUGGCUAAUGCUUCAACAAUGACAAGUGAACAAUACGGCGGUGCAGAAAGCACUGGAUCGUAUAUACCAAUAUCAGAAUGCAUAACAGGAGUCCGUGCUCAGGAAAAUAUACAUAUCGCGUUCAAUUUCGAUCCUAAAAAUAUACUGAUAAGUACUAAAAAACCAUUCGAAAAGUCCGAUAGCAACGACAAACGCAUUUAUUUGAGUCAACCCCAGAUAAUAAUUAACAGCGUUGAGGUUUCGGAAAACGAAUCCAAUCUCAGUGACGAUGAGUGCAGGUCACUUAAUACUAGUCAGUCUAACAUCGGGGGUUGUGAUGUUUCAAAAACAUUUACUAAAUUAUCCGUGGCCCCGCAAGGAAUAAAAGCUGUAAACGAAGAGGGACCCCCUGUGCCUCCGCGGCCACCGAAAACAUUUACAAUGAACAAAGAUUUGUCACAGAAGGGGCGGGUACAAGCCCAUAAAUAUGUACCAGUUGAAGUCCAUGAUAAUAAUCCGAACUACCUGCGUGUACCGCGCCGGUCUUCGCGUGGUAAUACGCCACCUUCGCCUGGCUGCUCUGCUGCUAGCACUAGCGUCCCGCGAACCGACGACGAAGAAGAACCUUCUGCAGGACAUUCCAUGCAGUAUUGCAAUUUAGUGACGGAGGUACCACCGGUCGUCGAUCGCGCGCUCAAACCGCGGCUUUCCAGCCACACCAACGCUUCUGUUAGCACCAUCGCUGUCCCGACCGUCAAGAUAGAUGAGCCUAAACCAGAUCGUCUACAGUACCUAGACUUGGACCUACCUACCAAACCAUCAACUUCGAACUCGCCAGAUGCACCCAUAAUUGUGCACGGAAAGUCACGUUCAUCAGAUGCUGAUUCCGCGUACAAAACCGUUGAUUUCCUAAAGACCGAGGCUUUCAACAUUACCCGGCAGGAUGCUGAAGCUUCGAGGAACAUGCAACAAUGACUAGAUCCGAAAUAUUGGAAAGUGUAUAAAAAGGUCAUCAACCCUAACGACGUAUUCAUACGUUAAAGACAUAUACGCUCUCUAAUACAAUGAUACAAGCGAAAAUCUUGUCAGUUUGAACUAUAACAUUUGAUAAAGGUAGUGUGUCUCAAAAUACUGGUGUAUGCUGCGACCUAAGUGAUUAUAUCCUAUUAAUGCGUACAAGAAGAACUAUAUGGACAAAUCGUUAACAAUAAUAAAUCUACAUAUGAAUAAAUUAUUAUACCUUUAAAGUAUUUUAGGGAAAAAAUAUUUAUGGAAAUAUUUAUAAUAUAUCUUGCUUCUACUGUAGUAUUUUCAGACUGUCAUUGCGAGCAUUCGCGAAGUGCAUAUGUAAUUGUAUAAAUAUAUAUUUCUGUGGAUUGAACACGAAGGUAAUUGGAACACGAAGGAGUGGGUGAAGCAAACUUUAAAACAAAUAGUGUGAAAAAAAAAAAAGGACAAUGUUGUUGCUGGUAGUUAUUAUCAGUGUCAUAGUGUAUUGUUAUAUGCAAAAUAAGCGCAGGCGAAAUAAAAGAAUGAGGUAUUUAUGGCACCGUUAAGAUAUCCGCUGGUCUGUGUAGCGGUAGUCCGUACGGGCAUUAUUGAUUAACGUGCCAUAAUGUCGGAAUAGUCAUGCUGUGAUUUUUCCCGCUCUGGCACCUGAAAGCAGCUUUCAGUUGAAGUGUUCAAAAACACUCCCGACAUUAUGCAACGUUGUUUAAUAAUGCCCCUAAUGACAAACAGAUAAACGUCGCUAAGCGUGGACAUUUUUCUCCAUCAAGUGAUAUUCAGUAAUUAAAACAAUGAAAGUAUACAAAUAUUAUUAUUAUUUACUGAGAACGUAUAAUUCAAAAAGAAAUUGUUUAUUUAUUUAUUUUUCAGAAAGAUUUGUCUUAUAAUUUAUCUCCGGAAAACUGAAGGUGGCAAAAACAUGCACCAUGUUUUUGUUUAUUUCAACGUGCCCUUUAAAAAAAGCGUUACUGAGCAAUAUAAAUUAAUGAAAUAAUUCUCAAUUCAUACUCAGUGCAUGUUCACAUUGACGUCUAUUUCUUGAUUUUCAAAGGUUGAAAUAUGACAGUUUUCUUAUUACGAGCAAGCCUUUAUUAGUCAUCGAAUAAAAGGCACGUGGCUAAAUGGCACGUGAUCGGCGAAACUGCUGAAUAUUUGAAACCCCCUUACUGUCAUCAUAGCCUUAAUAAUGUUCCUACUUAUAAAUGCAAUUACUCGUGCACCUACGUCUUCUAUAAUAUCAAUCGAUCUGACGUUUCAAUAAUAAAAAACCACGGCCGCGAUUAUCACAAAUGCAUAACGCCCUUGGUGAACACGUUACCAUAACAACGACUACAAAACAAUAUAAGUACGUAACGUAUAACGAAAUUACAAAUUACUAUUGAAGGGUGCAUAAGUGCAUUUCAUAAG